GGACUUUGUUUCUUGCAACUUGCAGUGCGAUAAGUCUCUUUUCUUUUCCUCCUCUGUGUUCUGUCACCAGCUUCACCAUCACCUCGUCGCUUCUUUUCUGUCUUGUUUUUGCGGAUUCCUAGAUGUUCCCGGACUUUUUCCCCCACAACAAACUAACCUGGAUUAUCCUCCAAAGUCUUUAAGGGGAAAGUUGUUUUACAAGAUGGAAUUUGCACCUCUGGGAGCUUCAUAAAGACAGCCACACAGGACAGCAUAUUUCACAAAUUAGAAGAUUCGGCGGUGGCUGUGCCAUUGCCGUGCACCACCUUGUUUCCCAUGGACCUCCGGGUGGGAGAGCGGGGGGUGCGCCCUGGAUCGGACACGGCGCUCCUCACCCCCCUGCACCCACCGUUACUCCUCAGCCCGUUCUCCCAUCAGCCCCGCACCUCCUUCUCCCAACAGCAACUGCACCAGCAAAUCCGGUUUAACAUGGAGCAGAGGAGGAGAGAGCAGGAGCAGCACAAGAAACAGCAGGAGUUGCAGCAGCUAAAACACAAAGACAAGAGUCAACAGAGUGCGGUGGCCAGCUCUCUGGUCAAACAGAAACUCCAGGAGGUUAUUUUGAAUAAGCAGAAACAGGCAGCGCUGGAGAGAACAAACUCCAAUACUUUGUCCACCUCAACCAUGGCAUACAGAACACAAGGCCCAGACUCCAGUGUUUCCUCUCAGCCUUUGGUCUCGUCUCCGUCACAGCCGUCAUCUGAGGGUCCAGAGGGGACGCCACUCCGCAGGGCAGCAUCUGAGCCCAAUCUGAAGGUGAAACACAAGCUGAAGAAACACCUGAAUACCCGCAAGAGCCCCCUCACCCGCAAGGAGAGCGCCCCCCCUACUAUUAAACACAGAGUACCCGAAACACUGGACUCGUCUCCCAGCAGCAGCAGCACUCCGGUCUCCGGCUGUAGCUCCCCCAACGACAGUCUGCCCAAUGAGAAUGGGCUGCUGCCAUCUGCAGGCGGCCUGUCGCACGAGGCUCAGAAGCUGCUGCUCAGAGAUGGAACUCUUGCUAACUUCACCAUCCAGAGUCCGUCCACUCAGCCCACCAUCACACUGGGACUGCCGGCUAAUGCCAGGGCUGAUGGGGAGUUAUCGUCUCUGAAGGUGGGUCGGGUGCCCAUUGUUACUGCGGGGGGGUCACCAGUCUUCCUCCCUCUGAGUAGAGAGGAUCAGGCUGGGCAGCUGAACCCCCACCUGCCCGUCAUCAUCCUGGAGCCGUCUGGACUUGUACACACUCCUCUGCUCACUGUACCAGGUCUAGACACCGUUCCCCUCCAGUUCCCACCCCAGUUGGACCACCUGGCUCCAGGGGGCCCUCAGCCCCACAAGCCCCUGAGCAGAACACGCUCCGAGCCCCUCCCACAGAGCCCCCGGUCUCUUCACACUCAUCUCCUCCAACAGCAGCACAGCAGCCAACUACUGGAGAGACUGAAACAGCAGACUCACCUGGGCAAGCUGAUGUCCAAGUCCAGUGAGAAGCCCAGACUGCAUCAGAUCCCGUCUGAGGAGAUGGACUCCGAGGACGGUGGGGGAUCAUCACCCACAGAGCCCACCUACCCAAGCAGAGUGAGGGCGGAGUCAUUGAGGGAGGCGGAGCAAACAGCAUCCAAGAGCCACGAGGAGCAAAUCAACCUUCAGCACACACUCAUACUCAACCAGUCGUUGCUAUGGGAACAGCAGAAGCAGCUGCAGCAGUUGCAUCGGCAAAUGGAGACCCUGGCGGUUCCCAUGUUACGGAGCGGUGGUGGGGGGGUCGGUAGUGCUCUGGGGGUCCAUCGGCCUCUGUCACGCACACAGUCGUCCCCCGCCUCCACCUCUCUCACUCUACCUGAGAAACCCCUGAGCCUACCUGGACAGGAAGUCAGCAGCAAACCACGCUUCACCACGGGCCUUGUGUAUGACUCUCAGAUGCUUAAACACCAGUGUACCUGUGGUGACAACAGCAGCCACCCAGAGCAUGCUGGGAGAAUACAGAGCAUCUGGUCCCGUCUUCAGGAAAGAGGACUGAGGGGACAGUGUGAGAGUAUUCGUGGUCGUAAAGCCACUCUGGAGGAACUGCAGUCAGUGCAUACGGAGAAACAUGUGUUGCUCUACGGCACCAACCCACUCAACAGACUCAAACUGGAUAACCGCAAACUGGCUGGAAUCCUCUCUCAAAGAAUGUUUGUGAUGUUACCAUGUCGGGGUGUAGGGGUUGAUAAUGACACGAUCUGGAACGAGUCGCACACGUCCACGGCGUCACGCAUGGCGGCGGGCAGCGUCGUCGAGCUGGCUUUCCGAGUGGCUAAAGGGGAGCUGAAGAACGGCUUUGCUGUGGUCAGACCACCAGGGCACCACGCCGACCCCUCCAAUCCAAUGGGUUUCUGUUACUUCAACUCAGUGGCCAUUGCAGCCAGACAGCUUCAACAUAAGCUCAGCGUCAGUAAAAUCCUCAUAGUGGACUGGGAUGUUCACCAUGGUAACGGGACCCAGGAGGUGUUCUACAGCGACCCCAAUGUCCUCUACAUGUCACUUCACCGCUAUGAUGAUGGAAACUUCUUCCCUGGCAGUGGGUCACCGGCAGAAGUCGGCUCUGGGGCUGGUGAGGGCUUCAACGUCAACGUGGCCUGGACCGGAGGACUGGACCCCCCCAUGGGAGAUGCAGAGUACCUCGCUGCAUUCAGGACGGUGGUGAUGCCCAUCGCUCAGGAGUUCUCCCCGGACGUGGUUCUGGUCUCAGCUGGGUUUGAUGCUGCAGAGGGAAACCCGGCUCCUCUGGGAGGGUACAAGGUCUCCGCCAAAUGUUUCAGCUUCCUCACCCGCCAGCUCAUGUCUCUGGCAGGGGGUCGGGUGGUCCUGGCCCUCGAAGGAGGUCACGACCUCACAGCCAUCUGUGACGCCUCCGAGGCCUGCGUCAGUGCACUCCUGGGCAUACAGGAGCCACUGCCAGAGGAAGUCUUACUAGAGAAGCCCAACGCUAACAGUGUGCGCUCCCUGCAGACCGUCAUACAGAUCCAAAGUCAGUACUGGCAGAGUGUGAAGGCCUACAGUGGAUCGGUGGCUUUGUCCUACAUGGCUGCUCAGAGGAGAGACUGUGAGGAAGCAGAUGCUGUAAACGCCUUGGCUUCGCUCUCAGUAGGAGUUCUGUCCAACAAGAGCCUCCCUGACGAACCGAUGGAGCACGAGAGCGAGUCCAUGUAGGAGACGCCGCUCCGUCACCGUCAGGACGUCGGCCCCGCCUGUAGCCUCGGAUCUCCUACGAUGAAGGGGACUCCUUCUCUAAUGCCACUGAGCCCCGCCCACCUGCCUUAUUUAACACAUGCACAUACACCAACAGUCCAUGCUGAACUUGUGUAUACCUGCCAUAUGAGCACCUCAACGCUGAAGCCGGCCGCACUACUGCUGCUGGGAAACCUCCGGAAACCUCACCAAAGAGCAAUAGUAGACACUCUGGACAGACGUUAGUGUCCUGACUGACAGUGGACUGUGUGUAAACGAACAUUGGCUUUACAGGAACCGAGUCCAGACGCACACUCUCAGCUCGGACUCCGCUCGAAGCACCAGCAGGUUUUUUCUCAUCGCCUUAACUUUGCCUUAAAACGUAAGGACCAACAUCAGGUUUCAGGAGGAGGACGGUUCUAAAUUCCUUUCACUUGUGCCACUUUUCUUGCAACGACGAGGAUCGACGUCAGGUGAACACAUACGUACACACACCUGACGAAGAACGCCCACAACAAGAAGUGGCCCGAGCAGACGGACGGUCUGUUUCAACCAUGUCAUCACAUCCGCCGUAACCACUAAACACGUGACGACAACGAGCUCAAGGGAAAGACACAAAAUGAAGACACAAAACACACAAGUAUGGUUUUGUAGAAACAAAGAAGAGGACGAACGUCUUUUAUUGCACUGUUCAUUCCAUAAUGUGAACCAUCAGCAAUUCCAAAGCUCUGGGAAAAAAAAAAACAACAACUCCUCUUUCUUAGGUUAUUUAAAUUUUUUUUUUUUUUUUUUGGAAGAUUUGGAUGAAAUGAUGCAUGCGCUUAUUUUCUCCCGUUCAACAAAACGUCUUAUGAAGUCUUUACUUUCAAAGACACGUAUCGACCGAAAUACUGUACACAUGUAUUUCCUAUGAAGUUAAUCUUAAAAGUAGGCAAGGUAGUUUUCAAGCAGGAAACUUUUCACUGCUGCUCAGUGUCUUAGAAGCACACACACACACACACACACACACACUUGUACAAACCAAUGACGAACUAUUGAUUUACCACUAGUAUUGAAUACUGUAUAUUCUUGUUGAUAUCUGAGACUUAAUGACUGUUCAUUCCACGGCACCACUGAGGACCAUCGUAUUGUUCUGUAUUUGCAAUAACUUUAAUGCACUUAAUGGACGUCACCCAAAGACAACUGCCUUUAAACCGCCUGCACUUGGCAAAAAAAAACAAAAAACAAAACAGACUAUGAGGGACCAGUACGGAUCCAGCUCUUAUAAUCCUCCUCAGCGACACGUCAGCCUGUGGAACAUCAUUUAUGCAGACUUUUUUUUUUUUUUUUUAUACUGAAUGUCUUAAUGAUGAAUCCACUGAUGUCCACAGAUACGCUGUAGAAAUCCAUCCAAUCAGAGUGGCAUGUUCUGUUUUGUUUUGUUUUGUUUCCUUUUUAGUGUAUCUUUGACUCCAGGCCUAGUUUCAGUCUGAUAAAGGAAAACUAACAUUGCAUU